UGUUGGAUACUCAGUAUGGUUUAUUUACGGAUAGCAGAAAGAUUUAUACUAGUUUCUCACAUUGAAUCUAAGACAUAAAACUAUACAUUAAAAUUAUAUUUUUAUAAAUUAUUUAUUGAAAUUUACUUAUUAGUUAUCAAAAUGUAUUCUAAUCAUUCAACUGAUCCAAGGAGACCAGAUAGAGAACAUAGAUACAAACCACGAUUAGUAAACAAUGAUUCACAAGCAUUGACACCUGGUGAAGAUUUAACAUCUGAUUAUAUGAACAUACUUGGUAUGAUUUUAAGUAUGUGUGGAUUAUUAAUGAAAUUUAAAUGGGCUGCUUGGUGUGCAAUGUUCUGUUCUUGUAUAAGUUUUGCCAAUUCAAAAGCCUCCGAUGAUAAUAAACAAAUAUUUAGUAGCUUUAUGCUUUCUAUGUCUGCAAUUGUAAUGUCUUACUUACAAAAUCCACAGCCUAUGAUUCCACCCUGGUCAACAAAUUUUGGUUAACCAAAUCUUUAUUGGUUAUAAGGUUUAUUAUUCGCUUUAUUUUAAUUGUAUUAAUGUUAUUUCAUAUUUAUAUUUAUUAUUUAAAUUGUUCACAAAUAAAUAUUUUAUAUGGAUCUUAAAAUUAUUAAAAUGUAUACAAAAAUU